AUGGCUCUCAGCAGGAUAGAUGGCCAGGAUGAGCUAUUCGUCGGAGGUCUCUGGGCCUUGCGCCGCUCCGACUCACUAACCGACCGUCGCAUCACCCACGUCCUCUCCCUCGUACCCUUCGACAUCUCCAGCCUCAAGAACUUCAAGGACGAGCCCUGGAUCGACUACGGGAAGGACUUUCGUCACCAGCUCAUCGAUAUCGAUGAUGUGGAGGAUUCUGACCUGCUGAUUGAGCUGCCCAAGGCUGUCAGAUUCAUCGAGGAAGGGCUCGGCGCGAACUAUAUGGAGCAUGCGGAUGAUGAUGGGGGUGUCUCGUUAGAAAAGGACGUUGAUGUCGUGGAAAAGAAGAGGAAGAAGAAGGGAGGUGUAUUUGUUCACUGCGCUGUUGGAAAGUCAAGAUCUGUUUCGGCUGUCAUUGCCUAUCUUCUUCGUCGAUAUCCAAGCCGCUUCGAUCCCAACAUUACACCUACCGCUAUCUCGGAUCCGUCUCAGUCUACUGGUACCGAGACAUCAACGGAGAAGCGCUCAAGGAAAGAAACAGCCCAAGAAGCCGUCCACGCCGCUCUCACGUGGGUUCGCCGAACACGACCCAUGGCCGAGCCCAAUGAGGGCUUCAUGGAGCAGCUUGCUCUGUGGUGGGAGAUGGAAUGUCCAGACGACGUCGAGUCGCACCCUGUUUACCAGCGGUGGGCUUACAAGCGUGAGAUUGACGAGAACCUUGCAGUAGGCCAGGCACCGACAAGGCUCCGCUUCGAGGAUGAAGAGACGCAGCCUCAUGAUGACUCAGGUCUUAGUCUACGGUGUAAAAAGUGUCGUCGCACCCUUGUCACAGCGCCGUUCAUCAUGGAACACAAGGCUUCUGAAAAGAAAUCAUCUGCGUCUACGUGCCAGCAUUACUUUGUUGAGCCGCUGAGCUGGAUGCGCGGAGUGCUCGAGAAGGGAGAACUAAACGGUCGGUUGCUGUGUCCGAACGACAAGUGCGGUGCUGGUGUAGGCCGGUAUGACUGGAAGGGCUUCCGGUGUUCAUGCGGCGGAUGGGUGACGCCGGCGUUCUCGCUACAAAAGGCGAGGGUAGAUGACGUUGUGAAGCGGCCGACGGGCCAGAGCAUGGGGAUCCGGAUGCCGCCCGGGCAAGCUCCGCGGAGCGGGAACCUGUGA